AUGCAAAUUCUUGUUUUCUUCACAAUCCUCACAAUUUUUGCCUCAAUCAACGCGGAUUUCAAAGAAGAGAUCACAGAACUCGUCAAAGAAAUCAAUAAAGCCGUCGAAACCGAAGAUCACCAAAAAAUUGCUGGAUUUUUCGAAGAAUCAGCAAGUUUUCAUGAUUGCUUGGCGAAUCGACGAAAAGAGGAACUUGUGGAAUUUGUAGAGUUCGGGAAAAUCGAAUUUGGAAGAAUUUUGGCGAUUUCUGAAGUUGAUGGCUCGAAUUCGACGUUUUCUUUGAGAACAACAACUUUGUUUUCAGAAGGAGAUGGAGAAAUUGAGUGGAUUUUGAAGAAAAAUGAGGAUGGAAAUGGAACUAGUUAUAGGAUUUCUAAAGGCCAUGAGAUUUGUCUUGGAUUUUAA